AUGAACAAGAAGAUGCUAGGCCAGCUGACGGAUUAUAUCAAUGAGUGCUGGAGAGUUGACAAGGUGCCUCUGGCGUGGAAAUCGGCGGACGUCAGCUUUAUCCCUAAGCCGGGCAAAAAAGCAAAUAUUUACAACCUCCGCCCGAUUUCGCUCACUUCAUGUGCCGGCAAACUGAUGGAGAAAGCUGUGCAUGCGAGACUUUCAGCGUAUUUGGAGGAAAACUAUUAUAUUCCCCACAGCAUGUUUGGCUUCAUGGAGCGCCUAUCCACGCAAGACGUACUGCUGCAGCUCAAGAUGGAAGUCAUUGACCCACCAAACAAUCGCAGUAGCACAGCCAUCUUAACCCUGGAUUUCAAGGGCGCUUUCGAUAAUGUGAAGCGCUCAAAGAUCCUGGAGAACCUACGGAAGACAGUGUGGAAGAAGGACUUUUGA